CAGCUCACCCCAGCAAACGCUGUGUUUAGUCAAUAUCGUUAUUCUCUUCAUAUCGACCAUGCCUUUUAGCGAUCAUGCCCCUCGAUUGGGCUUUCUGAAGGAUGCUGCCAGCUCUCUGGAUUCUCUCAGCCCUUCCACUGCGGCUCAUCUAAUGGCCGUCCAUAACCAAAUCUUUCUCGACGAAAGCAGAGCAUUAAACCAGCGACAACAAGAAUCUUCUUGUGGGGCUUGCGGUAGCAUACGAACCCCUGAGUGGACUAAAACCAUUCAUAUCAAAAAGAAAAAUACAAAACGUUCCUCGGCAGCCCCAGACGGAGCCAUUAUCCACAAGUGCCUCCGCUGCCGUCGGCGGACAGUGAAACCGUCUCGAAAGGAUCCUGCUCGCCCUAAUGUUUCGUCUAAAAUACCUGCAGCAAUAGACUCUACACGUCCAGCAGUUCUUCCUGCAGUACAACAUCCUGAUCCUGCGGAGACUAAACCUACUAGUAAGACAGCCGAUAAUGCGAGCAGCAAGAAACGAGCCAAGGCAAGAAAACAGGGUGGAUUGCAAGCGCUAUUAGCAUCUAAGCAACAAUCUCGGGCUAGUUCUUCUCUGGAUUUGUUUGACUUCCUCCAGCAGUAGACAGCUUUGCUACAUGAUUAGCUAUGUACUUUUUUUUAUGCCAAGAUCGGGCUAUCGGCGAUAGUUAUUCCGAUAUAUUUUGGGGUCUAGCGCGGGGUGUCUUUAUCGGCCAGAGCUCUCUCGUCCAGCUCCGCCUCACGUCAACUGAUUAGCUUUGGGUGUUGAUU